AUGGCGAGUUAUGGCAGGAGCGUAACGAUCCGCUGGACCAUCCUGGUGCUCACCCUGGCUGCCACAAUACUAGCUCGGGACUUGAUGACACCCCUCACAGACAGAGGGCCAGAACCGGUGGUGUCAUCCACUGAGGCUUCUCCUGCGUCUCAACUGAAGGGUCUGUGCUUCGAGAAUGAUGUCAUCGCACUGAUGCAAGAAGCUGUGGCCGAGAAUGGAGAACUCACAAACCAUGGUCUGGCUUCGCUUGGAGUCUGCUCCCCUCCUCAGAGUGAAACGAUCAGAGCAGUGUUACAGGAAUUGGCUCAGCUGACCGGGACCAACCUGGGACCGCAGCUCCUCCACCCCAGUGAAGUCCUGCUAGUUGAGGAUGAGCAGGGAGAAGCGCUCACGCUGACAUUUCACCUCUCUCAAUCUCCGUUACUGAAACGGAGGCCUGUGUUGCUCCUGGUGUUGGAAAGCCCCGUCCAGCUGACAGAAGUGGAGCGUGUGACUUUCAGCAGCGCGUCGCUGCAGCCCGCUGCUCAGACCGUCUGCAUCUCGGAAGAAACGCGGCUCUUACUGCUGCUUGGUCAGGCAUCUCAGGUCCCUGGGCCCAACAAAUGGAGCAUUUCUGUGCAGAAUCAAGCUCAAGAAACCAGAAAUAAAGUGAAUGAACUCUUCUUGGGCGGAAGAUCUAGCAGUGACCUCAAAGUGGCCCCACUUCUGCUUUUCACAGGCGGACCAGGAAGUGAAACCAGUCCCUCCCAGACUCCGACCUUCCUCUGCACUCUGAGGCGGUUUUUGAGUGACAGCCAGCCUCAGGACCACCCGGCCUCUCCUGCCCUCAAGUUGGACUCUCUGCAGACCCUCCCUCCCCACACGUUGGGCUUGUCAUCCAGCGAAAGUCUUCUUGCCCAACUCAUCAACUCCUCUGCUCCCACAGCGUUCACCUUCUCCAGCUUGGGGUUUCCAGUGCAGCAGGCAGAGUUGAACCUGCCACCCCUCUUGCUGGAUGAGCUGAGGGCCAGACUGGAGCAGAUUGUGGGUGUGACACAAAGUCAGUUCAAGAAGAAGGAGGAAAGUCACAGGGGCAUCAAGAGACUCACCCAGCUGGUGGAGCUCACAACUAUUCCGUUGAUGGGUCCAGUUUCAGGUGGAAGACAGUUUUGUGCUUUUCUCCUGCUGAAGGCUCUUCAGACGGUUUCCAGGGAGAUGAACAGAGCACAGAGAGUCACACGGGCGGUCACCAACAGAGGAGCUAACGCCAACCUAUGUGGACUGAAGAGCCUCACCGUCUGCCUCAGCCAACACGUGGUGGCUCCAAACAGCGCCAACAUCAACAACUGCAAAGGGUCUUGUCUUUUCCCGAUGACUAACACCAGAAACCAUGCCGUGCUGCUCUUCUCACACAUCAUCGGCCCAGCCGCGCAGGAGCGCCGGCCCUGCUGCGUCCCAGUGGCCUAUGACCCUCUAGAGGUGGUGGACCUGAACAAGUACGGAACAAAUGUGAUCGUCUUUCCAGACAUGGUGGCCACAGAGUGUGAGUGUCGCUGA